CGCAGCGGGCGGGGCCGUGGUCGGGUGGUGUGUGGAUCGGCCGGGGGCAUCUCGGCCCGGAGUUGCCCCUCGCCGGGGGUGUGCCUGCCCGCCGCAGGGCUGGAGCCUCGUCUCGGCCCGCCUGGGGCUGCCGCUCCCGCUCCUGGCGGCGGAACCCUCCUCAGGGAGGCAGCCGGCGGGGUCUGCGGCGGAGCAGCCCCCGGGCCGAUGCUGCUGCCGGCCUGGGAGAUGUGUAUCUACGGGCUCCUGGCCGUGGGCUCUCACCUCUACGCUUUCUACGAAGCGCACCAGGUGUCUCAAAAGUAUGAAGCUGUGAUGGACAGAAGGUUUGGGCUAGAACCAGGGACUCUCUUCCAGGGCCUCAAAAAGGACCCCAUGGACUUUGAGUGGAGCUACUGGAUCGAAUGGGGAAGGGAACGUAUACUGUGGCUUCUGGCUGGUCACCUGCUGGUAUCACAAGUGUCCAGGCUCUUGGUGGAGAAGUAUAAACCAUGGUGCUUGAUGGUUUAUGGAAUGGCUGCCUGCUGGUUGUUACUGGGAAUCAAGGGCUUUGCUGUCAUUUUGUUACAUGCAACUAUUUCAUUUGCUGUGGCUCAGUUUCAGCUGUCACUCCUGACAUGGUUGUGCUCCCUUAUGCUACUAUCCACUUUACGCAUACCAGCUGUGGAAGAAACCAAGAGAAAGUGGUACGACACUGAAAAUGAGUAUUAUCUGCUGCUCUUCACUGUGUCUGUCCGCUGCCUUUUCUGCACCAGCUUCAGCCUGGAGUACUGCUGGCAUGGACCUGCCCAGAAGUCAUCCCACUCAUUCCUGUGGAUGCUGGCAUACGUGUUUUAUUAUCCCACAUUCCACAAUGGGCCCCUUAUGAACUUUGAUGAAUUCAGUAAGCAGAUGAGGAGACAAGAAGCCUUCAAUUUGAAGACCAAUCUCGGCAUCUUAAUUGUGGGCAUAAUUCGUAUUUUCUUCUGGUGGUGCCUGGCUGAGCUGAUGAUUCACCUCAUGUACAUCCAUGCUCUCUACAGCAGCGCUUCACCUUUGGAAGCUGCAUCAUACUGGGCCUUGGGUGGCCUGGCUUUAGCUCAAGUACUAUUUUUUUAUGUGAAAUACUUGGUUCUGUAUGGUGUUCCUGCCCUCCUCCUUCAAAUGGAUGGACUCAAACCUCCAGCUCUGCCUUGCUGUGUGAGCCUGAUGUACGGUUUCACUAAAAUGUGGAGAAGUUUUGACGUUGGGCUACAUCGCUUUCUGGUCAGGUACAUUUAUGUUCCGAUGGGAGGAUCUCAGUCCAGUCUGCUGGGAACACUCUUUUCCACAGCCCUUACUUUUGCCUUUGUAAGCUACUGGCAUGGAGGACAGAGUUAUCUGUGGUACUGGGGUGCGCUUAAUUGGCUUGGAGUAAUUGUGGAAAAUGGUGUCAAGAGGAUACUUUCUAUUUCACUUAUUCAAGAUUUAAUUGAAAGUUUCUUCUCGCCAAGAAUUCGUCGUCGACUUCAUGCUGUCCUAGCAUCUGUUAGCACUUCAAUGUUGAUUUUAUCAAAUCUAAUAUUUCUUGGAGGAAAUCAUGUUGGAAAAAUCUACUGGAACAGGAUCUUUAUUGAAGGCUGGCCAUGGGCGACACUGACUGUUCUUGGGUUCCUGUACUGCUACUCUCACGUUGGAAUCGAAUGGGAGCAAACGUACGCUGUGAAUUAGGAACGACGCAGCACGAUGAUUUUUACGACAGGUUGAUGGCUUUUCUACACUGGAUAUCCUAUCUGCAGAAGGAUGCGCCAGACACAAGUAUUCGGUUAAUGUGUUAGAACCAAAAGCUCGUGUAGUCGAUUCUGGAUUGUGAACGCAGGAGCUGAACCAGAAACACUGAUGGGCUGUGGCUGGGGGUGCGGAGAAAUUAUGAAGCAUUUUGAAUUGUGUUAUUUUUAUAAAACAGUAUCUCUGUGACUCUAUGUACACUGGAAGCAUGCAUCUCGGAAUAGGUAUUUUAUAUAUGUUGAAGACUGUACUUGUUUUUUUUCCAGUGUUUUACUGCCUAUUUUGACAUACUGGAGAGGGAAUUUUUUCCUGCCUUGCACAAUUCAAAAAGCCCAAUCUCCCUCAUCUUCUGUCCAGGGGCACACAGGGCUGUGCCCUGCACUUACAGUACUCCAUGAAGGGCAGGAUGCUCAUCAGUUCCUCUUGAUUGCUUUCUGAUAUAAGUUAGAACAUUUUUUGCUAUUCUCCGUGACAGCAGUAGUUCAGCCUUAAGCUACCUCUCUACUUACUGUAGCAAAGUCUGCUUUUCCUCUUUCAUUUCUUCAUUUAAAAUUUUGCCUUUAAAACAACACCCUUUAUUUUUGUAGUCUUAGGAAUUGUUGGGUUUGUUUCUUUAAAAAGCGGGUGUAGGGAAGCAGGUCUUUUCUUAAGGAACAGCUUUUCUUUUUAAUCAGGUAUGACCUUACAGCUCCUUGGGCUUUAAGUGUUCUCUGCCUUGUGUUAAAGCUAACGCAUAGAAUAUUACCUUUAUUAUGGGGUGAAUCCCACCUUCAAGGGACCUGUUCAGUCAGCCUCUAGUGUUUUUCUGUUACGAAAGGACAUCACCCGGUUCUGGCUGAAUGGUAAACAUGCUCAGCUUCAUUCUCUGGUGUCCAGGCAAUCAGCUGCUGCGACGUUAAAGACACCCUAGGAGUAGCAUUCUAAGACCUUUAAAAAAAAAAAACAAAAACAAAACCACAACAGAAUGGUCCAAUAGAGCGGCACCAAAUUAAGCAGAGCUCCAUGUCCUUUCCCCACAGCCAGACCCGUUACAGCAGCAUCUUUGCUAAAAGACGGGGUUGCCCAGAGCAAGCGCCAAGCGUCGGGGCUGCGGGAGUGCUUCAGCACGUGCUUGUUUUCUGAGGGAAGGGGAGACCCUACUCACGUCUGGCACAAGCCGUUCUUUCUUAAGCUGAUAUUGAAGAGCAGCCAGAAGACUUUUAGUCUUUGCGAAGUUAGACAUUCCCCCCAGGCCUGGCAAAAGGCCACCAGUCCUGGAGAGGGUUUCUUCCAAGAGCAGCUUCCUGCACCCAAAAGCAGAAGAGCUCUUCUCAAAACUUGUUCUGUGCUCCCCCACCAGCCAUUUCGGCCUCUUUGGAGGUCAUUCCUGCAGCUUCAGCCAAGCCUGACUGAGCUCACCCCUUCAACAAGAAAUUCGGUCCCUGAGAGAGGCUUCAGCUUAGUGCCUACACUUCUGGUGCCUCUGCUGCUCAGAAUUAUGGCAGCCUUCUUUUUCCCUUUCAUUUGUUCCUGAAGAAAUAAGGGCAGAGGCUUCAGCUCCCUACCCCUCCAGAGACUAAGCCCAUCUCUUGCUGUUUCAAAGCAGAAUCUCCAGACCUUUAUGUUUAGAGAAGGUUUUUUUCCACCAUGAGAACAUAGUGAUUUCCCUUGGAAGUCAUUUCUAGAAGAUACCAUGGACUGCUGACAAUAAGAUUUACCUUGAAUGCUGCCUGGUCAGAGCAGAGCAUGGCCCUCCUGAUUAAUUUACAAUGAUUGCAGGGAUACUCUCAGCCACAAAGAAGUAUAUUGCUCUCAGCCUCUGAAUUUACUAAAAGCAUCUAAGAUUGGCCUCCAUUUUGGAGUAGAACUGAGCUAAGGGCAAGAACUUCCUCAGACUUAAUUCAAACUUUGUAAUUAAGUGGAAUUAGCAUUGGAGUGAAAAGUCAUGAGUCUGUUCUUCAGUCUUAUCGAUUACUGUUAUUACAUGAAACAAGAGGCUGCUAAGUGAUUAGAUUCCAAUUUGUAUGCAUGCAAAACUUCCUACUCUAAUAUGGAGAUGACCUUGAAGGUCAUCUACAGUAUGCUUAUUUCUAAACUACAAUUGUUUUGUAUUUUUUUUUCAGUGCUUUAUACAUCUUUCAUCAUUUUGUAACCAUUUCUAUUUCUAAAAAUAAAGCUGAAACCGACUGUUGGCUUGAGAACUGUGUCUUAGAAAGCUACGGUUUGGUGUAAGAAAAAUAAGUGUUUCACCACCAUUGCGAAACACCACUACGCACUGGAAGCCUGCAGGAUGGGUGCAAUGCAGACUGGUCACCUUUAUCCCUCUAGUGCACUGCAUGGAACGUGCAUUCCCUCAUGGUGCGAGUUUAAAAAGCAAAUACAGCUUUCGUAGAUCACUUAAGGUGAGACUUCAGCAUGUGACGCUUCUGGGAAUGGUCACCCAGAGUAGUACUCAAGUGAAAUGAUGCUUCCCUUCAGACUCUUGCUAUCUUGGUCCGCAGUCAG